AUGCAGCUCAAGACGGGACUCAGCAUGGGCUACCUGAUGAUGGAAACUCGAUCGACCAAACAAAAGGUGCUGCAGCCAACACCAUUGAGAUUGACUUACAAUACUCAAUCCACCCCAAACCGAUACAGUUCUCAAUCCCCACCAAACCGACGCAGUUCUCAAUCCCCACCAAACAGACUUGUUGAAGAAGACACUAAAGCAGAGGUUGUGCUGCCAAGUUCUGGGGUCAUGGAUGAAUCAACUGGGAAUCAGGAGGAUGUUUCCCAUGUACAAAGAACAUGUCACUGGGAAGAGUGUGUCACGAGUUCAGAUGUGAGGAAAGUGUGUCUGGUUCCUGACCUUGAAGUUUUUAUAAGCCAGGCGCAGCUUUCCCAAGUACAGCAUUUGGGGGCAAGUAACCCGAGGAAAAUGACGAUAGCCUUGAUGGACAUUAUGUUCACGAGAGAUCAGCUGGCUAAGUCUAGUGCCAAGGGGUCAAAGAGAGCACACAAUGCCAAAAUUGACACUGUAAAAUUGCCGUCCACAGCAGUUCUUACAAUUAAGCAGUUUGUGUUGAACCAUUUUACCAUGCUUAGAAGAUUCAGUGUUUAA